GCUAAUCUACGCUAUAAGCACAUAUUUGCGUGAGUGUAUAUAAAUACAUGCAAACAUGUAUCACUUGUCUCUCUCCUAUUGGUUAAGAUAACAGAGAGAAACGGUAUUUUUAGACUUUGCUAAAGAGAUAUUUAGAGAGAUCAAAGAAUAAUCCCACUUUUUGAGUGGUCUUAUCUUUAUUCUCCACCUCAAAGAACCAUUUUGUCAUGGCUUCUGUUGCCGUGAAGCCACUACCUCUUCUUGGCCGGAGACUCACUUCUACGGCGGCUUCAAAAUCAACGCCAAUGUUGGCCAACGUUUCUAGCCGGCAUUUUCUCGGGAUCUCUACGUAUAACGACUUCUUGAGGCAAAGAAGAGCUCCGGCAACUUUUAAUCACCGCCGACAAAUAAGCACGGUGGUGGCUUCGGCAGGAAACUUGACAACGUCGUCGUGGGACUCGUGGAAGCCAGAUAAGACGGCGGCGGCUACGGCUCUAUUGCUGAGUGAUGUCAUUUGGCCUGCAGCUGGAGCGUUUGCGGCAAUGGCGAUAUUGGGAAGAAUUGAUCAAAUGCUAUCUCCAAAAGGGAUUUCAAUGUCGGUUGCACCACUUGGUGCUGUCUCCGCCAUUCUUUUCACCACUCCUUCUGCUCCUACUGCUCGGAAAUACAAUCUGUUUAUAGCUCAAAUAGGUUGUGCUGCGAUUGGUGUGGUAGCCUUCUCCCUCUUCGGGCCAGGUUGGCUCGCCCGUAGCGUUGCCCUCGCCGCUUCCAUCGCAUUCAUGGUCGUUGCUCGUGCCANUUUUUUUUUUUUUUUUUUUUUUCAUUUUUCUUUUACAUAUAUCCGAAAGAAAAUAAAAAUCUCGAUUAAUAUAACGAAGAAGUAUAUAUAUAAUCAAAUCAAAUAGAACCAAAAUAUACAAACACCAAUUAGUUAAUUAUAGAAGUAUUUAAUGAUGUGAUUGAAUGGAAUUAUAAUUCAAUUUUUUUCACUGUAAUAUUAUUAAAAAGAAAAUUAUGCAAAUAUUUAAAUAGCAUCUGAGUUUUAUUACCCAUGUUGCUAAAGAUCUGAAUCAAAAAGCCCAUAAAGAAAAUAACUACACUACCGCUGACAAAGAACAACCUGAAACUCUUAGUCGGUGUCCCCUUCAUUUUACUCUUUAACAUUUUUCUGUCCUUUUUAUUUUAAUUUUCUUCAUCCAUUUGUUUCUCAUCAAUUGAUUUAAGUCUUGUGAGAGUUAAUUUGGUUUAUCAUGUUUAAUUAGCGGCGAGUUUACCACUAUUGUUCAUUGAUGGAGCAAAGUUCCAUCACUUGAAUUUCUGGUACGCAUUGUUCCCAGGUGCAGCUGCUUGUGUCAUCCUCUGCCUUCUCCAAUCGGUCGUAUGUUACUUGAAGGAAAACAUAAAAUUUUGAUGAUACAUCAAGCGACACACGUACGAUGGAAUGAUGAUAUAUAAUACAGACAUAUUGAUGCAAAUCUUGUAAAAAUAUUUGAUUCAUGUAUAAACUUGAACGUAUGUAAAUGACUAUAUAAAUACGUUCAUUCAAUAUAUGUAGUUCUCUUUUUAUAGAACGUUGUCUUCUCCGUGUGCU